AUGGCCUCUUCUCACAACCACCCCCACCCGCAUCACGCCCAUGGGCACGACUACGCUUCUGCUAAUCAGGCCUUCUUUGACCAGCAUGCUCACGAGGCUGACCAGCGUCAUGGGGCUGGGGAAUUAGCAAAAGACAUCCGAGACGCCAUCCUUCAAGCCUAUAAGUUCGACGAUCAAUCCACAACCUUGCUUGAUUUCGCGUGUGGAACUGGGAUCGUCUCCCUCGGCCUCGCUGAACGCUGCAAGAAGGUUGUUGGCGUUGAUAUUAGCCAGGGUAUGGUAGACCAGUACAACAAGAAUGCAGCGGAAAGAGAUAUUUCCUCCCAAGCCUUGCGCAUCGAACUCAAGGGUGAAGACAGUGAGCUAGACGGAACCAAGUUCGAUGUUGUUAUGUGUUCGCUCGCAUACCAUCAUAUCCAAGACAUUGUCAGCACCACUCGUUUGCUUUCCUUCUUCUUGAAACCUGUUCCCUGCCGAUGUCGCCAAAGCGAUGAUUGCACAUACCCAUGGAGUGUCACAAGUGGCGAUUCGGGAGGCGUAUGA